UAAAAGAUAAGACGUAAUAUUCAAUAAGGUGGUUGUAAUCAAGGUUGUAAUACACUUAUAUAAAUGGCAAAUUUUUAUAAGGUCGUGGUAUCAUUUUCAUCAGCGCACUACACGAGAGGCAGUAAAUACACACUAUAUAAGCCAUGAGGAUCGCUUUUACAUUGGUCUUGCUAUGUGCGGCACUCUUCUGUGCUAGCGAGGCAAAGCCCUGGGGAUCCUGGUGGAACAACCGCGAUAGCAAUGAAUCUGCAUCAAACAAUGAAAAGUCAGUGGAGUCUAUCGAGGAAGCCUCUUCAGACGAGUCUGAUGACAAGAAACCUGUGGAGUCUGCCGAAGGAGCGGUUUCAAACGAUUCUAGUGACAAAAACUCAGUAGAAUCUGCUGAAGAUGCAGAAUCCAAUGAAUCCAGCAACAACAAGCCUGUAAAGUCCACUGAGGAUGCAGAUUCAGACGAGUCUAGUGAUAAGAAGCCCGUAGAAUCUGCUGAAGAUGCAGAAUCCGAUGAAUCCAGCAACAACAAGCCUGUGGAGUCCGCUGAGGAUGCAGAUUCAGACGAGUCUAGUGACAAGAAGCCCGUAGAAUCUGCUGAAGAUGCAGAAUCCGAUGAAUCCAGUGACAAGAAGCCUGUGGAGUCCGCUGAGGAUGCAGAUUCAGAUGAGUCUAGUGACAAGAAGCCCGUAGAAUCUGCUGAAGAUGCAGAAUCCGAUGAAUCCAGCGACAAGAAGCCUGUGGAGUCCGCUGAGGAUGCAGAUUCAGACGAGUCUAGUGACAAGAAGCCUGUAGAAUCUGCUGAAGAUGCCGAAUCUGAUGAAUCCAGUGACAAGAAGCCUGUGGAGUCCGCUGAGGAUGCAGAUUCAGAUGAGUCUAAUGACAAGAAGUCAGUAGAAUCUGCUGAAGAUUCCGAAUCCGAUGAAUCCAGCGACAAGAAGCCUGUGGAGUCCGCUGAGGAUGCAGAUUCAGACGAGUCUAGUGACAAGAAGCCCGUAGAAUCUGCUGAAGAUGCAGCUUCCAAUGAAUCCAGAGACAAGAGGUCAGUGGAGUUGGCUGAGGAUAGUUUGGCAAGCAGUGAAUGAAUAUAUUAUGUUUGUAAUUGAAGUUAAACUUAAUUUAAUAAUAAUCCAAUUUUAAAUUGCAAUUUA